AUGGCCAAAAUUGUUAUUGUCCUUUUCGUCGUGACCAUGGCGGUGGCUGCAUUGGCUGUUCCAGUCAAAGAACCAGAAGAAGGUGCCGAAUAUGAAAACGAAUUCUUCGACUUUCAACCAGACUCCAGUGUUAUUCAAAGCCCUCGUAUCACUUGCGAUCUUCUGUCUGGCGUCGUCGGUGGGCCUCAUACCUUGUGUGCAACCCAUUGCAUCCUCAAAGGAUUCCGGGGUGGCUACUGCAGUGACAAAGGAGUUUGCAUUUGUCGUAAUUAAUUCGCCUAUUGUAUCUAAAAGUCCAGCCUACGCUGGUAACUUUAUAAAUGAUAAAUAGAAACGUAUUUCUUAGCUAUUUAGAAAGUUCAAAAAGUGUCAUCAAUUUAUAAGACGUAAAUACAAUAAUAUUUAAAAAUAUUCUUAGGAAUGCGCUUCAACUUACCACUUAAUAUUUUAAUCAUGUAAACAGACCAUAAAAGUGAAAAAAGAUAAUGUUCUCUUCAAAAAAGAUUUGUCGUAACUGUCAUUUCCGUCACAGAUCAUAUUCUUUGCCUAUUCAUUGUUAUAAUGA